AUGAGGAAAACUUUUAAUAUUUCAAAUAUACAACCAAUAAAUGAUAUUUCACGGCCGACAAAAAAAGGCAAAGUCGUUCGUUUCAAACGUAAAAAUUGCCUAGAAAACUGUCUAGAGGAGUUGGGAGAGUAUGGCAAGGAAACGAAUGUGCACGGAUUGAAGCGCAUGCUCACCUGUAGCGCUGGCCGAUGGGAACGUGCUCUAUGGACGCUCGGUUUCAUAUUCGCACUCGGCUUACUUAUUUAUUUCACUAAGUUUUUGGCGCAUCGCUUCAAACGUAGUGAAUUCAAAACUACCAUCUACUCCACCCACUACCCCAUUUACAAGGUGCCCUUUCCGGAAGUGACGAUUUGCAAUAAAAAUCGUCUAAACUGGGAACGUUUGGAGCAAGUGAAAGAAAAAUUCCUUUGGCCAGCACAUCAUAAUUCCUCAUAUGAGCAGCUCUUCGUUGAAAUAAUCGCCAUAUAUGACAACUUAAGGUUCGGCUACUUUGAUCGUUUCUCGAAUUUGAAAACGAAACCGAUUUACGAACUCAACUACAUUAAUUUCACCGAGGUGGUGCGGCAUAUGACGUGGCGUUGUGAGGAGUUGCUGACGGAUUGUGUAUGGCGUGAUCGACCAAUGAAUUGCUGUGAUAUAUUCAUACGGCGUCGUUCGACUAACGGACUUUGUAUGGCCUUCAACUCUGUUGAAUCAGUCGUUGGCAGUUUGAAACAAAAAAUGGACUCCAAAUGGCCGUGGCGAGUGACUGAGAGUGGGCCGCAAAAGGGUCUACAGGUGCGCGUGUUGUUGAAUGAGAAGAAGCACUCACCCUUCACGAAGGUGCCAAAGGGAAUUUUGUUGAUGACAGUUCAACCUCAAGUGUGGAGUUACACAGCCAUCGAUAUACCCCGCAAUGUGUAUGCGCGUAUUUAUAUCGAUGCUUAUAUGAGUUUCUUUGACUCAGACACCAGACGUGUGUCAACGAAGGAACGACGUUGCGUUUUUCAGGACGAAGUAGACAGCCCGGACUUCAAAACACUUUCCAAUCAUGUCUAUAUGCUGGAAAAUUGUCAGGCAGAGUGUCAACAGGAGUAUCUCCUGCAUUAUUGUAAUUGCACUGUGGAUCUGUUUUUCCCGGCAGGGUCAUAUCGGAUAUGUAAAUUAGUGGAUCUGCCGUGCCUGGGUCAUCAUAAUCAUCUGCUGCGGUACUUCGAGGAGACAGCGAAGGAUACUUUUACCGCUAAUAAUCCGGGACUUGCCUGUAAUUGUUUUUUCAAUUGUCGUUCGUUGCGUUAUUUUGUUAAGGGGCGAACUCGAGCUUUGCAAGCACACGAAAAAUGGACGAGCAAUGAUACUGUGUUGUUGGACAUGAACUUUAUGAAGGAUUAUAUUUUUCUUUACAAAACCAAUUUAGUCUACACCUGGGUCGAUUUACUAUUUAAUUUUGGCAACAUCACGGCGCUCUUUCUUGGCUGUUCUCUUAUUAGCCUUGUGGAAUUGAUAUAUUUCUUUCUGGUGAAGGUUCCGCAGCGUAGAUUACGAAAACACAAAAACAAAAGUCGCGUAGCGAAACGUUACAAAGUAAAUGCAAGCAAAUUUGCACAAGUGUGCGUGUCUGCUAUGUGUGUACAUAGUAAUAUUAGCACAAGUCGAAUAGCAAAGGCAUAUGGGCAAUGCAGUAAAAUGUCAGCAGUCAACAUUUUUAAAACCCGUCGUGGCUCGAAAAUAUUGCCGAGACCAAAAAGUCGCACGGAUUCCCAAAAUAUUGACAAUGUAGGGGCGAGACCUUGUGAAAACGAGUGCAAAGCCUUGGUGAAUUUAGUACAGGAAUUCGGACAGGAGACUACAUUUCAUGGCGUGAAUGUAAUGCUUGCGCCAGGGGUGGGCAAAUUUGAGCGUGCCCUCAGCACCAUCGCCUUCAUCACCGCUUUCAUUCUGCUCGUCUGCGUUUGCCUUUUUCUAGCCUCACGCUUUUCGAAGGGACAGUUUAAGACGAUCGUGGAAGAUACGCAUUUCCCAUUGUACAAAGUGAAGUUUCCCGAAGUGACCAUCUGCAAUAAAAAUCGCCUGAAUUGGUCACGUUUACAAGCCGCAAAAGCCCAAUUUCUAAUGCCAGAACAUCUCAACACCUCCAACGAAAAACUUUUCACCGAAAUCAUAUCGCUUUACAAUACCUUCACCUUCGGCGGAUUUAAUCGUUUUGCAAGGCUGGAGAAAUAUCCGUUAUAUGAGUUGAAUUAUGUAAAUUUCACUGCCGUUGCACGUUUCAUGGCCUGGCGUUGUUGGGAGAUACUUGCAGAUUGUAAAUGGAGGAGUCACCCGCGAAACUGUUGUGAUAUUUUCGUGGAAAGACGUUCACAACUGGGUUUCUGUUUGGCAUUUAAUUCGGUUGAAGGACCAAGAGCACAAAUAAAUGACUCUUCUUGGCCACUGCGCACCAACAGAGGCGGCAUACAAUUCGGACUCGGUGUAAAGGUUUUGUUGAGCAAGCAAAAUAAUUUCUUUAAAAGUCAUGAGGGGAUUACGGUAAUGAUUGUUGAACCGAAUGCCUGGUACUACAUACCGAUGGAUAUUUCUAGCCAAACGCGUACACAUUUAACGCUCGGCGGUUUCCUUAAUAAAUACGACGAUGAGACAAGGCGUGUGUCGUCCAACGAAAGGGGUUGUGUUUUUAAGGACGAGCAGAAUAGUGACGACUUUAAAACGCUGUAUGGCCAUGCAUAUCGCUUUGAAAAUUGUCAGUCACAAUGCCAGCAGGAGCAUCUCAUUAAAUAUUGCAACUGUACUUUAGAUAUAUUUUUUCCACCAAGCCCUUUUCCUUACUGCAAACUCGUGGACUUGCCCUGCUUGGCUAAGCAUAACAACUAUUUGGUUAAUUUUGAAAUACCCGGACAGGAAAAAUAUAUGACGAGCAAGUAUCCGGGCAUUGUUUGUAGCUGCCAUGUGAGUUGCGACUCUUUGCGUUAUUUUGUUGCGAUUAAGUCAAUAGACCUCACGUACGCUGAAUCUGUGGCGAAUGCAUCGAUUGUCCAUUUUAAUGUGUAUUUUGAGAAGGAUUUUAUUACGAAAUACAAAACGAUAUUGGUUUUCACUUGGAUUGAUUUGAUUGUCUCAUUUGGUGGCACAACCGGUUUAUUUUUGGGCUGUUCCUUGAUAAGCCUUGUGGAGCUUGUGUACUUUUUCUUUUUCGUAGCGCCUAGACGGCUAAAAAAGGAGCAUGAGCGGCCUCACAAUCUGAAGCGCAGACCGUCUAGGCUGGAGCAGAGUAAAAUCAAGUUAAGAGAAUAUCGCGAGGUGUAUAAAGCACAGCAAAAAUAUUGA